AGCACAGACAGACCUCUGCUGUUGAGCUAUCGGUUGCAUAUCCGCUGACUUUCGGCGUGGUAACGAGCUACGUUCAUUAACAAAGGGCGACCUAUUAUUUAUUAAUUAACAAUUGUAUCGUUUAUCUAUAAAAAUGAGCACCCUUAACGUGAAGAAGCUCAAAGUUAACGAGCUGAAGGACGAGCUAAAGAAGCGGAAUCUGUCGGAUAAGGGGCUGAAGGCCGAGCUGAUGGAUCGCCUGCAGGCCGCGUUGGAUGAAGAGGCCCUCGCCGGAGACUCCUCGGCGGCUCAGGAAGGUUCGGGCGAUGAUGGGUUCGAACAGUCGGUGGAACAAGAGUGUAUAGGAGAGGGAGAGGGCAUGGGAGAAGAAGAGGAAGGCGAGGGUCCGGUAGAGGAGAGCAUGGAGGCCAACCAGGAGGAAGCGGAGAAUAAAGGCGACGGCAACGGCGACGCCGAGGACGAAGAGAUGGGUGAGGGGGAAGACGGAGGGGAAGAAGAUGACGAAAUGGAUCCCAUGCUCAAGGCUGAUGUAGACGAUAUGGAAAAAAUUGAAGACGGUGAGCGCGGAGACAACGCCGCAGAGGUUUUAAAAAGCUGCGGAGUGCCACGGACGGAUGUAAACAUAACAGCGAGCUCAAGGAGCAGGCCAGGCCUAGAAAGCCGGAGGAAGAAGUUUACGAGACAGCGAAAGAGGGGCUGCAGAGCCGGGGUAUCAGCGAAGCUAAGAAGGAGUCUCAAAGGAACACCAAACCCAUCAAUCCCACAAUCCAACGUCUGCUCAGCGGAUAGCAAAAUAGAUGAUCCCCAACUAAAUCAACAUUCUCCAAAAAAGAUACCAGACAGUGAUAUUAGCUUGGAGGGCCUCGCGCUAUUCCGCGACGAUAUAAACAAAGAACUAACUGGGGAUGCGGACAAAGACACGAAUGCUGAUCAGAAGAAUAAGAAGGGUGUUAAGAGACGCCGGGAGGAACAUGGAAGGGGCUACUUUGAAUUUAUUGAAGAGAACAAAUACAGCUGCGCCUCUUUUAAGUCUCCUGUACCCCCCUUGGAGGAAGAAGAUGAAGAGUGUGAUGAGACGAAAGUCUGCCUGGAUACCUACAACUGCGACCUUCACUUUAAGGUGUCACGUGACCGUUACAGCGCUUCAUCUCUAAUCAUGGAGAGCUUUGCUUAUCUGUGGUCUGGAGGAAAGGGGACCUAUGGUGUAAACCAGGGGAAGGCCUGCUUUGAGAUGAAGCUGACAGAGAAGAUUUCAGUGAAGCACAUCUCCAGCAAGAACCUAGAGAUUAAUGAUGUUCAGGUUGGAUGGUCCCUGUCUACUGGUACUCUGCUUCUGGGUGAGGAGGAGUUCUCUUACGGAUACUCCUGCAAAGGGAAGAAGACCACCAACUGUGUGACAGAAGACUUUGGUGAAACGUACGAGGAGAACGACGUCAUCUGCUGCCUCAUUGACUUUGAGGGUGAGGAGGUCGUUAUCUCCUUUGCCAAGAAUGGUGGAGAACCAGCUGUUGCCUUCAGGGUCCUUAAAGACUGUCUGAAUGGCCAGGCUCUCUUCCCACAUGUUAUCUGUCGCAACUGUGCUGUGGAGUUUAACUUUGGCCAGAUGGAGACUCCGUACUUCCCCCAGCCUGAGGGCUACACCUUCCUGCAGCAAAUCCCUGUUGAUGAGCGAGUGCGAGGCCUGAAGGGCCCCCAGACUAAGGCUGACUGUGAGAUCAUUGUGAUGGUUGGCUUGCCGGGCUCGGGGAAAACUACCUGGGUGAAGAACCAGGUUGAGCAGAACCCUGGGAAAUACUACAUCCUGAGCAGCGACACCAUUGUGGAUAAGAUGAUGAUCAACAGCUUGAAACGCCAGUCCAAGGAUAUCACCAAGCUGAGCGCCAUUUCCCAAAGAGCUCCACUUUUCUUGGGAAAAUUCAUUGAGAUCGCCGCUCGCAAGAAGAGGAACUACAUUCUGGAUCAUACUAACCUGUCUGCACCCGGCCAGAAGAGGAAGAUGUGUUUGUUUGCCGGGUUCCAGCGUAAGGCUGUGGUGGUCUUCCCUUCAGACGAGGAGUACAAGAAACGAGUCCAGAAGAAGGUGGAGAGUGACGGCAAGGAAGUUCCGGAGCACGCUUUGCUCAAAAUGAAAGGCUUCUACGCCCUGCCUGAGGAAGGAGAAAGCUUCAGUGAGGUCACGUAUGCCGAGCUGCCCAAGGAGGACGCCGCCAAGCUGCUGGAGCAGUACAAGGAGGAGAGCAAGACGGCCCUGCCUGCUGAGAAGAAGCCCAACCAAGGCAGCAGCACCCCUAAGAGAGGCGGUAAUCAAAGCGGGUCUCGUGGAGGCGGAGCUCGUGGCGGCGGCCGGGGAGGCAAGAACCAGUUUGGACGCAGUGGACAAGGACAGAGGGGUGGCGGUCGUGGAAACUUCCAGAACAGAGGCAACUUCAGAGGAGGUCCCGGCCCUCGCGGCGUCUUCAGCGGUUUCCCCCGUGGCUGUAUACCUCCACCAAUCUUCAGGGGAGGGGUCCCUCGGCCCGGGUUUAGGCGGGGCGGCGGCGGUCCACUCCCCAGCCUGGCCGGAGCCCCAAGAGGUGGACCGAUGAGAGGAAACAUGGGACCCCGAGGAGGACCCAUGAGCAGAGGCGGUCCGAUGAACAGAGGCGGCCAAAUGGGCAGAGGGGGUCAGAUGAACAGAGGAGGCGGAGGCAACAUGAACCGCAACGCCAACAGGGGACCUCCUGCCCACUUCCAGCAGAGAGGCGGAGGAGGCCGUGGAAACUUUGGCCAGAAAAACAGCAACUUUGGCAACAGGAACAGCGGCAACUUUGGCAACAGGAACGGCAUGGACAAGGCCCAAGCCUUCAACCAGAGCUGGCAGCAAGGGUUCUGGAACCAGAAGCCUUGGAGCCAGCAGUAUCAGCCUGGAUAUUACUGAGACACUUGGUUCUUAUGGACUGGUGGCUGACACUGAGGACCCACCACUAGCCACGGAACAUCCCUCCGCCCUGCUGUUUGAGUUUGCUUCCCUAGAACCCACUUUUAACCUUCAACAACCCGCUGACUUACAAGCAAGAGCCCAAGCAUCCAGAGCGAGAACAUUCCAUCCGAGGAGAGCAGGACACACCAACAUAAUCAGAGCUUUUAUAGAGUCCGUCUAUUUACAUUGUGGGUUCAGUCUCUUUCAGAUACUGUUUAGAUUUUUUUUUCUUCUCCCAGCCACUUUUUAAAUGACAUGCUUUUAAAAAAAAAAAAGUUUGUAAAAUCAGGAACCGUAUAAGUGGGGAAAUUUAGGCUUUUUUAUUUCUUUCCUGUUCAGGGUUGUGCAUUUUAUCUGUGCUGUGAUUUUUGAUUUGCUUUUUUUUAUUACAAAUUGUAAAUACAUUUUUUUUCUUUGUGUAGUUUGUCAUACAUUUAAAAAGUGAUUGAAAUGAACCUUUUUUAAAGAAAGCAGGACAGAUUAUAUCAGACUGUACAUGUCAAUGCUCUAAUGUUAAACAGUUCAAAAGAGACGACAGAAAUGAUUUUUUUCUUUUGUUUUUGUUCCCACCAUCAUACUUGUAAGAAAAUAGACCUACAAUAAAACGACUUGUUUGCUUUUGUUUUAUACAUUCAUCCUGACUUAUGGCUUUCAUUUAAUUCAAAGGUGUGUAAACAACCUUUGAAACAAACCGAUGCCACAGCACUUCAACUCCUCCUUUAGAGAAAUGAUUUGUAAAUAGUUUCCAGAAAAUAAUUCAGCUUGGAUGUUUCAGGAUAAAGUAAAGCCAUUUGUUAAUCCAUUAAAUAACCUUUUAUUUUUUUUGUUCACUUAAUCCACUCCAUUCUCAGGGUCUUUAUUUUAAUUUCUAUCAGCUGCUCCUUAACUGCAGUAGUCUUUAGAAAUAGUGAGCGCUGAAGCACAAUUAAUCCUAAUUUCCUCUGAACAAAAAAAAUACGUUCUCAGAUUCACCAGCAAAUCUAAAGGGCUACAUGGCAUCGCUGACCGUUCAGGAGCAUUUAGUCCGACUUCUGUAGAAGCAGGCUUAGAUUCUGGAGGGUCAUGUUGGUGAUUGUGGCCCGGCAGUAAGGGCAGCUCAUACCGCCUCCUUACUCCCGAAGUAUCUUCCUCUACUUCAUCCAGGUACAGUUAGGGAAUUCUGUCCAGGACGCCUGCCUAUCACGGCUGUUUUUAUUUCCUCUGCUGUUUAUUUGGUCGUGCAUGAAUGUUAAACACUGUAAUACACAAACUGAACAUUGUCGACUGAUGGCUGAAUGUCUGGGGAGGUUUGCACCGAGGGUACAAACAUGGAGCAGAAUGCGACGGCGUGCUGUCGAACACAAACUGUUUUUAUUGCUGGUGUUAAAUCAGGUCUUAACGUUUAACCUACACUUUGGGAUCUUUUCAGAUGUGUUCGUUUUUACAUCUAGGUUGUAUUUUUAGUCUUAAGUUGUGUUUUUAUUUUUAACUUUUAUGGAAAAAGUUAACAGAAUAAACUGACUUGGUUCAACCAG